AUGUCUAAGAUCUCUUGCGCCGCCACUGGCGCUGCAGCUUUGAUGGCAGCUUCUGCCUUUGUGGCGCCACAGGGCACCCAGACCAGGCAAACUCUGAGGGGGGCAGCUCCACAGGUGGAGCAGAAGUCUACAGGCAGCAUCCUCGGCGCGGCGGGUGCAGCCAGUGUGGUGAGCAUUUUGGGUGCGAUGUCCUUGGCGCGACCCAGCAGGAGCUCGAGCUCAGUGGUUCGUUGUGCCUAUGAUGCCUCCAAGGAAAUCGGCGCCUGCGACCCACUCCUCUUCUGGGAUCCCAUCGGCUACUGCGGUGGCGACUGCACCAAGGAGGACUUUGACCGACGAAGGGCGGUGGAACUGAAGCACGGCAGGAUCUGCAUGUUCGCCACCAUCGGUAUGCUCUGGCCCGAUGUGUUCGGCAAAUUCGAUGGCUACUUGUCACCAUCGCAGGACUUGAAGUUCGCAGACGUGCCUUCUGGCAUCGCGGCCAUCAGCAAGGUGCCUUUGGAGGGCUGGUUGCAGGUCCUGCUGGUGGCAGGUCUCAUUGAGACUCAGCUCUUCAAGGAUCAGUCCCUUGGUGGCUUCGCUUAUGGCAAGUACGGUGAGCCCGGCAACUUCGGCACCGGCUACUGGGGCAGGAAAAUCCAGGACCCUGCUGAGCGAAAGCUGAAGCUGACUACCGAGCUGAACAACGGCCGUUUGGCCAUGGUCGCCAUGACCGCUAUGCUCAUCCAGAACGGCCUCACGGGCCAGUCGCCAGUGGAGCAGCUGACCUCCGGUCACAUCUCUCCCUUCAACGACGGCCAGGGCUUCUUUGCGCAGUUCGACCCAUCCAAGGAGCUCGGUGCCUGCCCUCCUUUGGGCUACUGGGACCCCUUCGGCAUGAUGGCCUUCCAGGAUGAGGAGAAGUUCCGCCGCAACCGUGAGCUGGAGCUGAAGCACGGCAGGAUCUGCAUGGUCGCGACCAUCGGCAUGAUCGUGCCAGACCUCUUCGGCCGCUUCAGUGGCUACCUUUCACCCUCCAUGGACUUGAAGUUUUCCGACGUUCCUUGCACCAUCGAGGCCAUCUACAAGGUGCCCGCUGCCGGAUGGCUCCAGAUUUUUGCCCUGGCUGGGGCUAUUGAGGCCAAGAAUUUGGCGUUCCCUACCAACUACGGCUACCCACCGUUCUGGGGCCAGAUCAACAAGCUCUCCCCAGAGGAGAAGCAGAAGAAGUUGUUGGCUGAGAUCAACAAUGGACGUUUGGCCAUGAUGGCGAUGGCGGCGAUUGUGGCACAAAAUGGUGCGACUGGACAAUCCCUCGUGGAGCAGUUCACCACAGGCAACUUGAACCCAUUCAUCGGUGGCUAUGCCCAGGAGGAGAGUGCCAACCGAGUGGCCAUGCGUGCGGGCAACUCUGAGGCCCUGCCUUGGGCGCCUGUGCCUGAGGGCCUCACCAACGACAUCUUCGGUCCCUACGUGGGCGAUGCAGGCUUCGACCCCGCGGGCUUUGCCAAGAAUCAGCGAUUGCUCCCAUGGUACCGUGAAGCCGAGCUGGCGCACGGCCGUGUCUGCAUGCUUGCUACCCUUGGCUACACGGUCCAGACCUCCGGUGCCAAGUUUGAGCCUUUCAUCACUCGCUAUCCCACGGAUUCCGCGGAUCCCCUAAAGGCUGCAACCCAGGUGCCCAUCAUCGGCUGGUUGCAGAUCCUGGUGGUGAUUGCCCUGUCUGAACUGUGGAGAUAUGAGAAUGUCAUCACCAAGUACAGUGAAGGUGUGCAGCCAGGAGAUUUGGGCUGGAACCCAACUGCCCCCAUGAGCAGCAAGCGACCCAAGUGGUUUGGACCAACCUUCACCGCCAACUACAAGCCUGAGGAGUGGAACAACAUGCGACUGAGGGAGAUCAAGCACUGCCGAUUGGCCAUGGUGGGAUUUUUCUUCAUGGUUCUCACCAACGCAUCAACAGGUCAGGGCCCUUCGCUGAUCCCCAACUUCACCCAGGCAGAAUUCCAAUCCACGGUCGGCGACUUCAUCCCCAAGGGCACAACGCACAAAGCCGACCUUCGUGCGGUGACACCCAUCGGUGAGGUGCAGUUGGAAGUUUUGCCUAGCACAGAUGGCGAAAGAAUUUUCACCAGUGACGACGACACGCAGCAGCUUCGGUCUGAGCCAGUGCCUAGUGGCCUAGUGCUCGAGGGUUCCAGUGUUUCUCCGGGCAACCCCAUGGCUCGGUUUCAGCCCGGAGAUCAUGUGCGAGAGUUUGAGGGCUGUUACUGGCAUCAUGCCAUUUUUGUGGAGUGUGAGGCCUCAGGCAGGGCCAGGCUCAUUCACCACAGAGGGAAGCCUCUUGGAACAAUCGUGGACGAAGGAGAUCAAAACGUAUCGUUUUAUGAGCUGGUCUUUCGACCAUCAGAUCCAGAGGCAGUCUUAAGGCGGGCAAGGAGUCGCGUUGGAGAAGGUGGCUGCGACCUGUGGUUCCAGAAUUGCGAACACUUUGCCAAUUGGUGUUGCACUGGCAUCGAGACCUCUGCCCAAAUCGUUGACCACAAUGCUGGCACUCCUCAUGUCCUUGCCAAUGCUGCUGUGAAUUGGACCAGCGCUGCCUUGAACUUGCGGAACAUUGAUGCCACGCCACUGGAAGCCAUCCGAGGUGUUGCGGGCGAAGUCUUCACAGGCAGUGUGGCCGUGGCUGGCUUGGCCUCGGUGGCCAGGGCCUCGCACACUGUGACUGUACCUCGAGCGAGCAAUGCCAUGCUGCAAGAAGUCUCGGGUUCGGAGAAAGCCUUUCAAGCUGCCACAUUCUUGCGAUAUCCAGCAAUGGCCCUGGAGUUGGGAGGCCAUCUCUACAACAUUUGCAACGCCCCAGAGAAAGGCAAGGCCAUCGCCAAAGCUUUGGGCUCUUCCUGUGGGCAGCGUCUGGGUGCCUGUGCCGGAGCCGCCAUUGGAAGCUUGUGUGGCCCAUUUGCGCCAGUUGCCUCAGGAGUUUUAUCCGUUCUCGGUGGACUGGUUGGAGCAUUGGCUGGGAACUGGUUCGCCUCGCGAUGUGCAGAAGGUGCCAUGGGAGGAGUGGAUCUGGGAAGUACCCUACACUUUGCUGACCAAUUACCAGUGCUGGAUGGUGUGAUGCUGGACCCAGUGUCCGGCUUUGUGGCUGCAGCUUCACAAGGUCACAAGGAUGGGAGUCAAGGGCACUUUGCACAGCUCAGUAUGCAUGAUGUUGCCGUGAUCUUGAAGGUCGAAUUUUUCAAUCAAGGCAGAGCAGAGUUCUCAUUGGAUGCAUUUGACCCACUGGAGCCCUUUGGAGAGUUCCAAAAGAAGGUAUUUCGCCCUCAGUUCUUGGCAGGAACAGAUGUGGGUGAACUCCUCUUUCGAGCAGAUGUACUUCUGAAACGUCUAAGCCUUGGGCUUGAAGUGCCUAAUUUGCCCGGAUGGCGCAGCCCACUGGACUUUGGGGAAACCAUCCAUGACAAGCACAGACUUUGGAUCGUCCCACUUGAGGCCCACCCUCAGGUGGUGAAAGACUCUGCAGAUCCUUCACUGAACUUCGUGUUGCCUGGAAAGGUGACACUGGCAGUGUUGGCUUGUGCACUAAAUGUGGACCCAAACUCAGAAACUGGGCUGGUUGAUUGUCCUGUCACCGAUCCCCAGGAUCCUGCUUGUUUGAUGGCGUUGCAGUGCUCGGUGCGAAUGGAUGAAUUAAUUGAGUACUAUCCCACUCUGAAGAGACUCCAUGGUGUUUACCAGACCCUCACCAUGUUUCGAAUGAUGAAGCAGAUGGGUGCAACAGUAGACUACAGUUGGGUGGAACUUUUUGCAGGCCCCUUGUUCGAGACACCCGGCAAAUUCUCAACACUUACAAACUCCUUCACCACUCGGAACUGGCAAAGCAUUAGCACGCGGACCUUGGUUGGUGGUUGUGUGCUGGGGGAUCCUAACAUGAAAGUCACACCAGUUGAGGUGCAAGCUGAGUCAGGAGACCUGAAGGAAUUGUUCAACCUGGCCAGGCUGCGGCAGGUCUCUCGCAUUCCUGCCAGCUACUGCAUGGGUCGCCGCUUGGACGACAGUGACGACAGUACGCCUAAGUUGCGUAACUUGUCGGCCAAGUUGGAGCAAGGCGGGUCCGUUCUCGUGGAUUUGCCAAGGCCGCUUCCAACCAGAGAAACCCAACUGGUGCUGAUGCCCUUCGCCAAACACGAGGGCUUCGAGUGUGCAGCUUGCCACCGUCCUCUCCUUGCAGACCCUUCGGGCCCCGAUGGGAUUCGCUACCAGACCGUCUUGGGAAAACCUUUGUGCUCUAGGCUUCAUCAUCUUGACGGUGAUCUCAUUGGGCCGGCGUUUCGACUGACUCCGCCCCAGCGAUGCGCUGCAUGCGGCGAGGACCUUCGAAGUGACAUUUUUAUGGUGCGCUCAACGGAGGAAACUCAGUUGGAUUAUCACAUUGGCUGUGCCCCUGCAGAUGCAGUUCAGCGACACUUUGACAACCAGGAGGAGGAAGCAGCUGCUUUUGAACAGUUGUUGGGCCGCUUGAAUCAACCUGAACUUCAAGGUCAGCGCUUGGGUGGCUUGACAUCAAUGCCAGGGGCUCGAGUGGCACUACUCAACAGUCUAUCCUCUGGGAAUGGGUUUGUAGACGUCCAACAAGCCAUUCAAGCUUCCCUGGAGCCUGAGGGGAGCCCACAUUUUGAUAGUAUGUCUGACGAAACCCAGAUCAGCGAAGAUGCUGAGCUGGCUCUAGCGCUGCAGGAGUCAAUGCUGGCAGCAGAUGGUUUCUCUGCACAGGACAUUGCUUUGGCCUUGCAGCGUUCUGCCCACACCGGCUGAGUCAGUCUGUGGUGCAUAUGUAGAUAGGGUCAUGGCCACAGUGCAGUUUUGUGGUUGCGUUGACGUCUGAUGGUGUAUUUCAGUCCAAGAAAAGAGGCUCAAGGGUAACAGCGC